AUGGAUAUUGCCAUCCAGCACCCUUGGUUCAGACGUGCCAUGGGCUCUGUCUACCCCGCCCGACUCUUUGACCAGUUUUUUGGAGAGGGCAUGUUUGACUACGACCUCUUCCCCUACACCACCUCCUCCAUCAGCCCCUAUUACAGACAGUCGCUGUUCCGCAGCUUUUUGGAUUCUUCCAACUCCGGCAUCUCUGAGGUGAGGUCUGACAGGGAUAAGUUCACAGUCUACCUGGACGUCAAGCACUUCUCUCCUGAUGAGCUCAGUGUGAAGGUCACUGACGACUACAUGGAGAUCCAGGGCAAACAUGGAGAAAGACAGGACGACCACGGUUACAUCUCUCGUGAGUUUCACCGCCGCUACCGCCUCCCUUCCAACGUUGACCAAUCAGCAAUCACCUGCACCCUAUCAGCUGAUGGUCUGCUGACUCUGACCGGGCCAAAGGUCUCUGGGGGGAGUGAGUCCGGGCGCAGCGAGCGCAGCAUCCCCAUCACCCGUGAUGAAAAGACCAACGCUGCUCCAUCCUCCUAG